CAGGCUGCCGGCGGACCAAAAAUAGAAACAGCCUUUUCUUCAGGGGGACACAUAACAUGGUGGGACACUAACAUGUCGUCUCUCAGGUGACAGCCUCGUUUUGAAGCGUUGUGUUGGAGCAGAUGUGUGAAGCAGCGGAGAAGGACCUGUACGCUGUCCUAGGAUCCAGCCCCUCAGACUCAGUCCAGCAGCUCAGACACAGGUACCAGCAGCUGGCCUUGCAGUACCACCCAGACCGUCUUGGAGGUGGCAGUUCUUCAGAAGCAGAGUUUGGCGUGAAGAAGUUUCUAGAAGUGGAUGCCGCGUGGAGGAUCCUGAGUGACCAGAGCACCAGGAGACAGUAUGACCUGGAGAGGAGAGAACAGGAACUGAAACAGGAUUGGCCGGUGGAUUCUACAGUCCAUCUGGAGGACAUGACCUGGGACCAGGAUGAGCGAGUGUACACGUACUGCUGUCGCUGCGGGGGAGGAUUCAACGUCUCGGAGGAGGAGGUGGAGGAGGAGGAGAUGCAGAGGAGGCGGCAGGGCGAUGAAGAGGAGGAAGAGCACAGAGAAGUGGUGGUCUGCUGUGACACGUGCUCCCUCAGUGUGUGCGUCACAUGGCCCUUACACAGAAAGACUCGAGCGUUAGAAAGAAAGCAAAGGUGAAAUAAUACCAUGACCCUUGUGCACAUCCUGCCCCAUCGCUACUGCACAUGUGCAAACUGCUAUUACACACGUGUGCUUAAACACUCCUUUUCCCGGAGAACGCUACAUUGUGAACAACAAACCGGCAGGAGGAGAGCUAGUUAGCGUUAGCUGCUAGUGGGCGCCAGAGCCCUGCUCGGCUAAAUAACGGCUAACGUUGGGAGGUUGCAUUGGGUUACAUUAUGAUGCGUUCAAGCUCUAUUUAGUAAAAAUGUGUAUAUGGCCAAGAUUGGCUAUGAAACUAUCAUUAUGUAUUCAAAUGUAUUGUUAAGAAACUCCAGUUAAAAGGAGAUGUUUUCAAAGACAUAUAAAAUGGAUAUUUGAGAGGAAUUAUGACUUGUUUAACUUUUUUUAAUUGAAUUUAGUAUUGUCCAGUUCAGGCUUGUUCAGGUAUCGGAAAGUUAAAAGAAAUGGAACAUCUCUUUGAACACACAUUUCACUUAUUGAUCUUGAAUUAAGUGCACGUGGAUAACGGUGAUCAUUUGAUACUUUUAGUUAAAUUUAUAUCUUUUGCAGUAUACAAAAGUUAAUUAGAAUUGUGUUGUUUUAUGUUAUGGUAUUAUUUCAUUGUAUAAUUUCUAAUGUUUGGGCAUUUAAAUCAUAAAAUUAGGUUGUGAUAAAUACAAUAUCAAUAAAAUAUAUUUUUAUAUUGGUG